AUGAACCCAAAGUCACAUGAGGUAAUAUAUGAUACGUUAUCAUUAUUGAAUCCAAUAACCAAGCUAAAAUAUAUAAAUCCUACUUUAACUAAAGAUUGUUUACAUAAAAAUGCUUGCUUCGAAAGGGAUGAGGCUGUAAAGGGAAUUGAAAAUAACAUAUAUUAUUGUCCACAUUGUAGUAAACCGGCAACGAGUUUGAAUGAUUUAGUUGCAGAUUGGAGAGUUAAUGCUUAUAAAGAAUUUAAUGAAUAUGCUGAGGAUGUAACAGUAAUUUCAGGGGUUGUGGUUAAUAAAUACACAAGAAAUAAAAAGAGAUAUUUGGAGUUUUUCACCUAGACUGAAUACAUGAAUCAAUUUAAAUAAAUGUUUGAAAGAGCUUCGAAGGAUUCUUCAAUAUCAUCAUUAAUAUAAAAAGAAUUAGAAUCAAAAUAAUAGAAUUUAAACAAUUAAUAAAAAAUUAAUUUUUGGAGCUUUUGUUUGUAAGACAGGGUGAAAAUAAAUAUCCCUGUGAGAAUAAUUGGAUGCAAACAUUAUGAAUGUUAUGAAAUAACUAGUUUACUCUCCUAUUAGGAUUAGAAUAAAUUAAAAAAAGAAUUUUUAGAAUGCAAUCAACCAGGAUGCUCUAAUCGGUUGAAAAUUGCUCACAGAGACUAUACUAAAUAAUCUAAUACUCCAAAAUCUCCCGAAUUGGAUGAAUAAGAGAAAAUAUUUGACGUCUAAACAUUAUUUUCUGGCAUUUGCGUAGAUAAGGAUUUAUUAACUGCAAUCAAAAAGAGUAAUCCCAGCUCUUAUAAAUUUUAUUAUAAUUAUAUAGACAAAAUAAUUUAAGAAGAUAUAAGGAUAGUAAAUGGCAAGCAAGCUGAUCCAUUCAUUGAAAAAAUCUAUCAACAACAUCCUGAUUUACAAAGUAAAGUGUCAUUCGAAGAUUUCCAAAAAUAAAUAUAAUAACAGGCAAUAGCAAUAACUCAAGGAGAUCUUUUGUAAGAGACUAAGGAAUUAAACAAAUAAGUAGCUUUGUAUAAAUACAGAAAUUAUACAGUAAAUAUGAAAGACAAAUUGACAUAACUUACAAUUGAAUAUCCAAUAAGAUGUAGGCUCUGUAAAGACCUUAAGGUUUGUAUGGAUAUGAGAAGUUUUAUAGCAUAAGUUAAUUAUAAAAAAAAAAUGUUUCCAAAAUAAGGUUAUACUUGUCCAUUAUGUAAUUCAUAAUUAAAUUAAAAUAUAACUAGCAUGAAUAUAUCAAAGUAAAUAUAUUUAGAUUCAAACAUGCUUUCAUACAUGUUUAAGGACAUGUCUUACACUAAUGGAACAUAGAAUUUUGAAUAUAAAGGAGAAUAAUAUAUGCUUUAAGAAUUUCUGGAUAGAUAAAAGAUCAAAAGAGAAAAUUAUAUUGCAAAAUUAACAGACAGAAAGGUUUUAUUUAAGCAACUCUUUUGCAUAGUUAAUAAAGAUAAGAGAAUUCAAAAGCCUCUAAUCCUAUAGAACUGCCCUGUUAAAAAUAUUGUUGAUUUUACAUCAUUUUAUGAAGAAUUAAAGAAAAUAGAUUUUGAUUAUGAAAAGGAAGAUUUAAUAUUAUGUAAAUGUAGCGUUUGCAGUUUUAUUCCGAUUAAGACCUUUGUAGGAAACAUCUAUUUUCAUGAAGCCUUUUAUGAAGCUCUCAACAAACUUUCUAAAAUUGAGGAUUUAAAAAAUUGUACAGAAUUCUCCUAUUAGUUUGAGGAUACUGAAUUAGAGAGUAAAGUUCUCAAUAAUCGAGCUGCUACAACCAAUUCUAAAAUUAAAGUUGUAUUACCCCCAACUGGAGUAAGAGAUGCUUCCAAUUUACAAAAUGUGACCGGAGAAGAAGGAUUUUUAGAUUUAAUGGAUGAUGAGGAAUAUUAGUCGAUUUUUCGUAAAACUGAGAUUUAAGGUUUCGAAUUUCGGACGUAAGGCUUGAAAUAGAAUAUAGGUGGAAUAGAGAUCGACUACUAAUAGCAAGGUAUUAAGGCAAAUGUUAAAGAGGCAGUUGAAAAAAUUAAUCAGAAUGCUAAUCAAGAUUUAAAAAGAUUUUAAUUUAAUGUUGUAGGUAUGUCAGUUGAAUUAAAAGGUGACAUACUCAGAUAAAACAAAGGAGAGUUCUCAUAUAAUAUAAAAUAAUGAACAUUUAUAAUUACCAUCAAAGAUAUUUAUAUAUUUAUGUGAUCUAAAUUAUAUUUAAA